AUGAUAACAAAUAAAAUAUUUACUUUAUAUAUUAAAUCUACAGGUAAAAAUACUUUUUUAUCUUUAUUACAAAAUAAUCUAAUAUUUAAUACUAAUAAAUUAAUUUUAGAUAAAAAACAAAAUAUUUUAAAUACUUAUUCAUGCGGGAAUUUUGGUUUUAAAAAUAGAAAAAAAGAAACUGCAUUUGCUUGUAGUUUUAUAGUUACUAAAAUUUUAUUAUUAAUUAUAAAUUUAAAAAUUAAAUUUUUUCAUAUUGUUAUGAAAGGAAUAGGAUUAUAUAGAAAAAUUAUAUUAACUACUAUUUUAACAUUUUUAAAUGAACAUCCUGAUUUAAAACUAUUAUCUAUAACAGAUUUAACGCAAAGUUCUUUUAAUGGAUGUUCUUCAAAAAAAAGAAAAAAACAUUAA